AUGCAAGACCAUGAACCUGGAUACGCGCCAUACAAUCCAGAUACUUCCCCGCAGCACACCGUCAUCUACUCCAGCAGCGCCCCAACGGCCAACGACGGAUUUCAGCAACUCGACCACUCGGUUCAGCCACACGACAACUAUGCCGCCGGCAUGACGCCAUUCCAAGCUCACCAGGAGUCCGGCCACAUUUCUGACCUAGAUUCGGCGUACCGUAUCCCUUAUGGCGCCCCUUAUGCCGGAAGUGUGGGCGGUGCUGGCCCGUCGACAACGGCUUCGAGCGUCUCCAGCCGCUAUUACCCGCCAAGCUCCUCGAUGACCACGCCAGUCUCCGCAAACACCCCAAUUGUUUCCCGAUCUCCGGCAUUUGCGGGAAUAGGCGGCUGGGCCGAGAACACGGGACACUUGCCCUGCUCCACCACACCGCCGGAGGAUUAUCGCGGUCGCGAGGCCCCGCGGUUGAACAUCAAAGACUUCCCCGGCCGGUCACCGCGAUCCGAGUCGACCGAGGUGCAUCGACACAGCAGAUCAUCCUUCUAA